ACCCUUCAAAUGAACAAUUUUGCCUUAACGUCAAGGCAUUUUCUAUAGGCAAUAGUCUCCGCAAUCCCCAAUUCUCGUACCCAAACGCUCCUUUAUUUCUCUCUCUUUCUCUCUAUCUCUGUAUCCACAAAACCUAAUAUUGAUCACCCCCAUCCCUCUUCCCUGCACCAUUUCAUUUAAUGCUAAAAUCCUCCAUCCCUGCAAGUGCGCUUCUACUUUCACUUUUGAUUCGCCGAAACCUCAUCAUUAUCUAGGAUUCAGGGCUUUCCCUUAGGGUUUUCAUAAUCUGACGCUCUUUUGUAUCACUAAUUUGGUUCCUCUUUCUCCCCUUUAGUUUUUUUUUUUUAAAUAUAUUUGAUUUCUAGGUUUUUUUUUUAAAUUUUUUUAUAUGCUUUGUAGAUUUCAUUCAUUGCUUUUAUACCCCCUCUUUCUAUUUGCCGGAUACUUCUAAGUUUUUGGAAAUUGAAGUGCCUUCCCUGAAAUUUCUUUCGGUUUUUCUACUUGCUAUAUUUUGGUUCACCAAACCAAAAUUUUGGCGGAAAUUACCCUACUUGUCAUUUGGUUACUCAACGGAUAAUAACAUUUGGGGCUUGUUAAUCUGAAAGUAUCCUUCUUUUUAAGACGGAUUCACCUUGGAAUCACAAUCUCGGAAAACUAAUCAACUAUAGAUUUUUUUUUUCCCUGUUGUUGUGUUCUACCUGUUUUUCCUCUUUAUAUGCAUAUGUUGUCAUAAGUUCUCUUGUUUUUGGGGUAGGAGUUGGUUUUGGGAAUUGGUUAUUGCAUAACGGGUAAGAGAAGGGAAAGGGCCUAGGAUUGCAUGGGCGAGCAUGAGAGGCUAUUGCCAAACGGCCUAUUGCCCAACGAAGCGGCCUCUGUGAUCCGAUUACUUGACUCGGAGAGAUGGUCCAAGGCCGAAGAGAGAACUGCAGAGCUCAUUGCCUGCAUUCAGCCCAACGAGCGCUCGGAAGAGCGCAGAAAUGCUGUAGCCGAUUAUGUGCAGCGGCUUAUCAUGAAGUGCUUUCCCUGCCAGGUGUUCACUUUUGGGUCUGUACCGCUUAAAACUUAUUUGCCUGAUGGAGACAUCGACUUAACAGCUUUCAGUAAGAAUCAAAAUAUGAAAGAUUCAUGGGCUCAUCAGGUUCGUGAUAUGCUGGAGAAUGAGGAGAAGAAUGAGAACGCUGAAUUCCGUGUGAAAGAGGUUCAGUACAUUCAGGCAGAAGUGAAGAUUAUAAAAUGUCUUGUGGAAAAUAUUGUUGUAGACAUAUCUUUUAAUCAGCUUGGUGGGCUAUGCACCCUUUGUUUCCUUGAGGAGGUUGAUCAUUUGAUAAAUCAAAAUCAUUUAUUCAAGAAGAGUAUUAUAUUGAUAAAGGCAUGGUGUUAUUAUGAGAGUCGUAUUCUGGGGGCUCACCAUGGAUUGAUUUCCACUUAUGCUCUGGAAACCUUAGUUCUUUAUAUAUUUCAUGUUUUCAACAAUUCCUUCGCUGGACCCCUUGAGGUUCUCUACCGUUUUCUUGAGUUCUUCAGUAAGUUUGAUUGGGACAACUUUUGUGUUAGCCUUUGGGGUCCUGUACCUAUCAGUUCACUUCCAGAUGUAACAGCGGAUCCUCCUCGACAGGAUGGCGGAGAGUUAUUGUUGAGCAAAUUAUUUCUUGAGGCCUGCAGCGCAGUAUAUGCUGUUUUCCCUGGUGGCCAAGAAAAUCAAGGGCAACCUUUCAUGUCCAAACACUUUAAUGUUAUUGAUCCUUUGCGUGUGAACAACAACCUUGGACGUAGUGUUAGUAAAGGUAAUUUCUUUAGGAUACGUAGUGCAUUUGCAUUUGGGGCUAAAAAGCUGGCGCGGUUACUUGAUUGCCGAAAAGAAGACAUACUUUUUGAAGUAAACCAAUUCUUUAUGAACACCUGGGACAGACAUGGUAGUGGCCAGCGUCCUGAUGCACCAAGGAAUGAUUUGUGGCGCUUGAGAUUGUCAACUCCUGACCUUUCACAUGGGUCUGAUAAUCUCAGGAACAAUUCUGGUCGUGAAGCUCAAGUUGAUGUGGCACAUGGUUCACAUAGUGUUCCUUCUCAGCAUGAUAGGGAAAGCUCAUGCAGAAGUAGUGAAGUUUCUGUAGUUUCUCAUAGUCAAAGCCAAAAGACUAACAUUCAUCCAAAUAACACAAGGAACUCUGAUCAAUCUAGAAGGGAAAGCACUUCCAAUCAGGGCUUGCAUACUGAGAAAAACCAAAGAAGUUCUAAACCUGAUAACAUUGUCAGUGACCUUCAGGGAAGGUAUCUUUUUGCAAGGACACGCUCUAGUCCUGAGCUUACUGAGACAUAUGGUGAAGUCUCUUUUCAAGGGAGGCGUAACAGAACUCAAGAAACUGGAAAAGGUCAGAGCUCUUACAGUAGCAGGAAAAACCUGGAAUCUGAUAAUUUGGGAAGCCAUGGUAUUAGAUCUUCAACUGAUGAUCCUUCAUCCAUAAGAGAUACCUCAUCCCGUCAAAGCCUUGAAGCUGCUGGUGAUUCUAACAGUGGCUCAAAUAGUUACCAUGAGGAUUCAGGCCUAGGUUCUACUGGUGAAGAAUUUGUUUCUGUCCUUGGGACACAGGGGAUGCAUCAGGAGGAGCAAGAUUUUGUGAACAUGAUGUCAUCUUCCACAGGUCUUGGUUUUAAUGGACAAGUUAAUCUUCCACUGAAUUUGGCAUCAAGUCCUAUACCUCUUUCAAUCUCACCUUCUGUUCUAGCUUCAAUGGGAUAUCCCUCUAGAAACUUGGGUGGAAUGGUACCUGCUAAUAUUCCUAUGAUGGAUAAUCCUUGGGGAACAAAUAUGCAAUUUCCUCAAGGCUUGGUUUCUUCAUCAUUAAAUCAUUAUUUUCCUGGCUUAGGAUUGACCUCAAAUACAGAAGAUUCAAUUGAACCUGGCAAUGAGAAUUUUGGUUCUGUGGAAAUGAACCUGAGUGAGGCUGAUCAUAAUUUCUGGCGUGAGCCAGAAAGGGGCUCUGCCAGUGGGUUUGAUCUUGACAAUGGAGGUCUUGAUAUCCAUCAAUCAGAUGAUAAGCAGCAGUCCACUUCAGCUAGUUAUAACUUUGUUCCUUCAUCCCAGUUAAGUAGCUCUGUUAGCUUUUCGAGAGUUCAACAGAAGUUUUCCAAAGAAUCCCGAGGGUCAAUGAAGGAAGAUCAUAUUGAUACUUUACCAUAUCAAGAAAAUAGGGGCGCUGAAAUUUACUUUGAUGACAGAAGUGCAGCUUCAAGGUCCUUUCCUACUGUGAGAAGUAAAACUUCUUCUGAGAGUUCAUGGGAAGGAUCACCUGUGAAGGCGGCAUCAAAGUCAAUGAGGGAAAAGAGAAACAGGAAAACAGCUUCUUCAGUUGUGCCAUCUGCUGUUUUUGGGAAAGGUAAGAAUGUGUCUGAACAUUCCUCCAAUCAGGCAGAAGAUGAAAGCAAAGACCGGACUCCACUGUCCACUGUGAGCCCUGAAAUGACAGAAAGAAACAUGGUACCUCCAUCAGCUGCUGCUGUGCAUGUUCCAGGGCAUCAGAUUCCUGGAUAUGAAACAGCACAGACAAGUGGAUCUGAGUCAUUGAUACCUAUUGCUCCAAUGCUUUUAGGUCCUGGUUCAAGGCAAAGAACUACCGAUAAUUCAGGGGUUGUUCCUUUUGCAUUUUAUCCUACUGGGCCACCUGUUCCUUUUGUUACUAUGCUUCCAGUGUACAACUUUAAUACUGGGACAGGAACUUCUGAUGCAUCAACAAGCCAAUUUAAUGUUGAGGAGGUUGUAGAUAACAGUGAUUCUGGUCAGAAUUUUGAUUCAUCUGAGGGACUCGAUCAAUCUGAGGUGGUAAGCACUUCUAAUUCUAUGAGAGGGCCUGCUUCUGUAGAGCCAUUGGAGCACAAAUCUGACAUUCUUAACAGUGAUUUUCCUAGCCACUGGAAAAACUUGCAAUAUGGGCGAUUUUGCCAAAACUCACGGUAUCCCACACCUUUGGUUUAUCCUUCACCUCUGAUGAUGCCGCCUGUAUAUUUACAAGGCCGUCUUCCAUGGGAUGGGCCUGGGAGACCUCUUUCAACGAACAUGAAUCUUUUCACACAGCUAAUGAGUUAUGGGCCACGUCUUGUUCCUGUUGCUCCUCUUCAGUCUGUUUCUAGUAGAUCUGCAGGUGUUUACCAGCAUUAUGUUGAUGAAAUGCCAAGAUUUCGUAGUGGGACUGGGACCUACCUGCCAAAUCCUAAGGUAUCCGGUCGGGACCGUCAUUCUACAAAUAAUAGAAAGGGAAAUUACAGUUAUGAUAGAAGUGACCACCAUGGUGAGAGGGAAGGGAACUGGAAUGUUAAUUCAAAGCCUCGAGCUUCUGGACGUAGCCACAGUCGCAGCCAAGCUGAGAAGUCAAGCUCAAGGUUGGAUCGGUUGACGGCAAAUGAGAGCCGAACCGAUAGGACAUGGGGUUCUCAUAGACAUGAUACGUUUCCUUCAUACCAGUCUCAGAAUGGUCCAAUCCGUUCUAACUCCUCACAGAGUAGUUCUGCCAAUCUGGCAUAUGGCAUGUAUCCACUACAGUCCAUGAAUCCUGGAGUUUCAACAAAUGGACCUACAUUUCCACCUGUUGUCAUGCUAUAUCCUUAUGAUCAUAGUGCUGGAUUUGGAUCUCCUGCAGAGCAGCUCGAGUUUGGAUCUCUUGGGCCAGUUGGUUACUCAGCUGUCAAUGAGGUCCCUCAUUUAAAUGAGGGAAGCCGAACAAGUAGGGGAUUUGAGGAGCAAAGGUUUCAUGGCAGCUCUGCUCAGCGGUCUUCACCAGAUCAACCUUCUUCACCUCAUCUUCAGAGGGGCAUUUGAUUUUAUUGCCAGAUCAGUGGUCCAAAGGAAUUAUCAGUUGAAGGAUGAGGAUUUCCCACCUCUUGCAUUUCUGAACCAAGCAGGAAAUGAUGGUAAUAAGAACUACAAUGAAAAAACCUCCAGUUACCAGGCCCUUGUGAUCUCACCUCAUUCAUAAAAAGGGUGUGAAUCAUCAGAUACUCAUGGAAGGCGACCCAUUCUUGCUGGCUCGUGCUUGUUUGUACACUAAUCAUUUUCUAACCUGUCCUGUUUUACGUGGAUGUAGCAGAUCAGCGGCAAGGGGGGUGCAGGACCACGGUGUUUAGUUUUUAAUAUAGGGCUCGAACACAUUGUAACUCCACUGAUGUAGAAGUUCGCAGGUCUAGAAUCUUAGGAUUUUACAAUGUUAUAAAUUUAUUUUGUCUGGAUUCUGUUCCACACUGUAUUAGGGAUUUUGAUGCACAAGCUCAGUGUAAGAGCUUUUAUGGAAUCCUGCUUAAAAGAUUAACGUUGUAGCAAUACCCCAGCCAAAGAUAGAUGAAAAAGAUUCUUGUUUAAA